AUGGGUGAGAAAGCUCCAUUCAUCCACUAUCCAGAGGCCCGGCCGGGCCCCACCGUGCCGUACAGGAAUGAGGAGCAGGUGAUCCCCGUCAUCCGCGGCCUUCCCUUGGCCAUCGGCGCCAGUCUUAUCCAGAACAUUGGCUUCAUCCAGAGCUAUCUCUGGGGGACCACUGGCUUCGAUGUCAUCCGCAACCUCCCCCUCGACCAAUACUCCGCCCGGUAUGAUCCGACCGUGAUUCCCGUCGCUAACCCCAAUGCUCCCGCUGCCGACCUGCCAGUUCCCACGCCAAAGCGACAAAGCAAUGCAGGCUACUACACUUCUGCCGACUAUAUCGCUCGCUACACUUCGGGCGAACUGACUCCCCUUGCCGUCGUCGAGACCCUACUGCCCCUGAUCCGCCGCGAUGCCAAACCAUCCGGCAAGCACUCGAUCGCCUUUCUAGACUCGCAAGUCGACAAGAUUCGCGCCGCAGCAGAAGCCUCUACACAGCGGUACAAAGAUGGCAAGCCACUGGGCCCAAUGGAUGGCAUCCCCGUCGCAAUCAAGGACGAAGUACAUAUGGAAGGAUACCGACGAACCCUGGGCAGCAAGCUCGACUUCACCGGCGAGUUCACGGGCACCUCCUGGUGUGUGAAGCAAUGGGAGGACGCCGGUGCCAUCGUCAUUGGCAAGACCACCAUGCACGAGUUGGGUCUUGACACCACCAACAACAACCCCAACUUCGGCACCCCCAGAAACCCCCAUAACCCCGACUACUACUGCGGCGGCUCCUCCGGUGGCUCCGGCUACGCCGUCAGCGCAGGCCUAGUCCCCAUCGCUCUAGGCGCCGACGGCGGAGGCUCAAUCCGCAUCCCGGCCUCCUUCUGCGGCAUCUGGGGACUGAAGACCACCCACGGCCGCGUGAGCGGCUCUCCAACCAUCUCACUGGCAUCCACCACAGGCGUCUACGGGCCCCUAGCCUCCAACAUCGACGACCUAGCCCUCGCCUACCGACUCAUGGCCACGCCAGCCCCUGAAUCCUCAGACCCCAUCUCAGCAUCCUUCCCCUCACCACUCCACACCCUCCCCUCCACCCCGAACAACAACAGCAACAACAACCCCCAGAAAACCAUCGGCAUCGUCCGUCCCUGGAUCGACCGCGCCUCCCCGGAAGUCCUCGCCAUCUUCAACGCGACCCUCGACCACUACCGCAAGCUGAAGAACUACACGAUAAUCGACAUCACAAUCCCGUACCUCCCCGAAGGCCAAAAAGCGCACGCUCUCACCAUUCUCUCGGAAGUAACCUCAUCCCUCACCCCAUCCCAGAUCUCGCACCUCACGCCCGCCAACAAGGUAAUGGCUUCAAUGGGCAUGUGGCAAAUCAAAGGCCAGGAUUUCCUAGCGGCGCAACGUCUCCGUAACUGCCUCAUGACACAUCUGGCUCACUUGUUCCAGAAACACCCUGGCUUGAUGAUCGUCACGCCGACGACGCCGAUCCCGGGGUGGAAGAUCGCGGGCGGCGAGGCGGAUCUGAAGCGCGGCGUGUCGGAUGGGAAUUCUACGGUUAGGAAUAUGGAGUAUGUCUGGUUGGCGAAUUUCUCGGGCUGUCCGGCGAUUAGUUGUCCGGCUGGGUAUGAUGUGGUGGAUGGUGGAAGGAGGGUGCCCGUGGGUGUCAUGGCUAUGGGGGAGUGGGGGAGUGAGGAGGAGUUGAUUGAGUUUGCGAGGGAUGGGGAGGGUGUUUUGGGUGGGGUUGCUGCUGCUGCUGGUGAGGGUGAGAACUCGGGGUUGACGGUUCCCAGGGGGGAGGGGGCCGCUUGGGAAGAUGUUAUUGCUAAGGCUGGAGAGGAGAUGAGCUCUUAG